AUGCUCCUCAACACGCUCGCAACACAGUCGCAGCUCCACAACUCACCAUCGCGCCAAGAUGGAAUCCCAGAGCAUCUCGAAUAUCAGAUCCGCCUAUACGGCUGCCAGCUCAUCCAGGGCGCCGGCAUCCUCCUCGGCCUCCCCCAGCGCGUCAUGGCCACCGCUCAGGUCCUCUACCAGAGGUUCUGGUUCGUCUCGUCGCUGAAGCACUUUUCGUCCAGGGACAUCUGCAUGGGCUCCCUCUUCCUAUCGACCAAGCUCGAAGAGUCGCCUGUCCGGCUAAGGGACCUCAUCAACGCCUUUGACUACCUUAUCAAGAGAGAUCGCCAUCAUUCGCGACACGGAUCGGCAAUGGCAGCCCUGGCAACGCAACUCGGGCCAAUACAUGGUCAGCUUCAUGAGCGUCGCGAACACGCCUCUCAUCAACCCCACGUCUACGAGCCCCAAGGAUACUUCGACAACGACUUCUACGAGAUGAAGGAUGCCCUCGUGGUCGGCGAGAUGCAGCUGCUCAAGCGCCUCGGGUUUCACGUCCAGGUCAACCUACCCUAUGCGACCAUGGUCAACUAUCUCCAGCUUCUCGAGCUCUCCUCAGCACAGGUCCAAGUCCGAUUGUGUCCCAGGGGCACCCACAGUGCCUCGGAAGGCGAGGGCGCAGAAGCUCGACCCGGGCAUCGUCGAGUCGACUUUGCGCAACGCGCCUGGGGCUUUCUCAACGACGCCCUGCAGACCCCAGUAUACUGCCUCCUACCACCGCACGUCCUUGCCUGCUCGGUCAUCUAUCUGACGGCCCAGACCGCGGAGCCACCGUUCGCGCUGCCACUCGAGCCGAUGCCGUGGUGGGAGCUCUUCGACGUGCAGCACGGCGAGAUCGAGGUCGUUUGUUGCCACAUUCUCCGGCUCUACCAUUCAGACAGCCCCUCUGCGAUGAUCCGGGCCGGAUCGGGCGGGCUGAGCGCGCUGCUGACGAAAAAGGACGUCAAGGAAUGGCUCGUCAAUAACGGUAGGGCAGAGGGAUUGCUCUAG